AUGAUGAGUAAGCAAGUGCCGGAAAACACGUCAGAGGGCAGCCCAGACAUCAGAAAGAGAUUUCCCAUUACCAAGAGUUAUAGUAUUGAGAGUUACCACGUCAACCUGCUCCACAUCGAGUCGCGUAAAUCAAAGAAGGCGGGACUGCAGUACGAGAUAUUCGCUCAAUGUGAGGGUGCUAAGGAUGCCAUCAUCCGUCUCGUCAAACAUCUGCGCACGAACUCGUCCGCUGCUGAAGUCACGCUACAGCGAACAGUAUCCGUCAGCCCAGAGCAGCUCACAGAAGAAGGCGCUUUAGGAACACGAAAGACGCCGUUAUCUCUGGCGCGUAAGCGAUGGCAGAUCCGUCAAAUAAUGGAUCAUGGCUACCCGUCGCGACGCAGGUCGCUCAUUUCUGACGCAAAGUUCGAGACGCACACGCACAACGAGGAGAUCGAGCGUCAGCGCACGCUGUCCAAAGAUGGCUCCAUCAGCGAGGACGAGGUGUUUGACGUCAUCGAAAAUGGCGCCGUCGUGUCAGAUGACCGCCCAAUCAGGAAGGCGACUCUCCUGUUUGCUUUGCACGACGGACUGAUUUCACUGCACCGGAUAUUAAAAUCAUUCGAGAGUUACCACGUCAACCUGCUCCACAUCGAGUCGCGUAAAUCAAAAGAAGGCGGGACUGGCCAGUACGAGAUAUUCGCCUCAAUAGUGAGGGCUGCUAAGGAUGCCAUCAUCCGUUCGUCAAACAUCUGCGCCACGAACUCGUCGCUGCUGAAGUCACGUGCUACAGCGAACAAUGUUUGGUGGUUUCCCAAAACAAUAUAUGAACUUGAUUCUUGCAAUCACUUGAAAAAGUUCGAGCCGGAUUUGGACACAGGUCAUCCUGGUUUCGUGGACAGAGCCUAUCGAGCACGGCGCAAGGUGAUCGCCGACAUAGCGUUCGACUACAGACACGGAGACCCUAUACCGAAAGUCGAGUACCACCCGGAUGAGGUUAAAACUUGGGGGAUAAUCUUCCGAAACCUUGGCGGAUCUCUAUCCACUCACGCAUGCGCAGAGCACAACGCGGCUUUCAAUCUUCUGAGAGAUAAGUGCGGAUACGCUCCAGAUAAAAUACCACAACUGGAAGACGUUUCUCGUUUCAUGAAAGGCAGGACCGGCUGGCAGCUGCGACCAGCGGCCGGGCUCGUCACGGCACGUGACUUUCUCGCCAGCCUCGCUUUCAGGGUGUUUCAAUGCACUCAGUACAUCCGGCAUAGUUCCGCGCCCAUGCACUCACCCGAACCUGACUGCGCGCACGAGUUGCUGGGACACGUACCGAUGCUGUCUGAUCCAGCAUUCGCUGACUUUUCGCAGGAGAUCGGUCUCGUCUCGCUCGGCGCGUCCGACGCCGACAUAGAAAAAUUUGCGACGAUAUACUGGUUCACAGUUGAGUUUGGACUCUGCAAGCAGGAUGGGGCAAUUAAGGCGUACGGAGCGGGACUGCUUUCGGCAUUUGGAGAAUUAAAGCACGCUCUAUCGGAUGUGCCCGAGCAUCGUACGUUUGAUCCAGCUAGCACAGCAGUGCAAACCUACCAGGAUUCCGACUAUCAACCGCUCUACUUCGUAUCCGAAACGUUUGAAGACGCCCGCGCGCAAGUUAGGAAGUACGUCGCCUCGCUGAAACGUCCGUUCGAGGUGCGCUACGAUCCGCUCACGCAGACCAUACAGGUGCUGGACAACGUCGAUGAAGCCUCGAAGCUCGCUGACGCCAUUCGCACCGACCUGCAGGUACUGUCGGUCGCCCUGCAGAGGAUGAAGUCGCUGAGGGUCGCCAAUUACUUCCAACAGCCUCGUGACGCUACCGUUGAAGAUCCUUGA